UGGUAUUGGUUGUCGAAGAUAUCCACCCUUCCAUUCUUGAGAUCCUUGGUUCCACGCUGGAGAUCGACCCUAUCUUUUUUGCUAGCUAUAUCUCGACAAGCCUAGAGGAUAUAGAGGUAGACUCGCCGCCCCCCCCUCCGUGGCCCUUACCCCGUCGCAGAUCCAGUCUCGGAGAAAUUGGUUCCAUAUCCAUUAUCAAAAAGUCGUCGACCUGAGCCAUGAUUGUCCGCCGCAGCUCUCUCCGUGGGUCUUGAAAACUUCUGGGAACGUGCGACGCUUUGUGCGACGCCUGCCGCCGCUCCAAGGCCGGCAGCUAGGCAUUAUGCGUGGCUGUUGCGCCAUCCUGACAAAAAGCCUCCGCCGGUCCAUGGUCGGCAUUAUUCUUGUCGAUUCGUCGACUUCGGAUGUUGUUCCGGACCCUAUGACGAGCCCCGAUAAUGGACUUCGGUUCCGCCAGGUUUCUAUUCACAACGGCUUCGAAAACUUCGAAAGUCCGCUGUCGUUUUCAUCUUUCCAAUCGCUUAGACCCGGGUCCCAGUGCGGCUUCAACAACAACAACAACACCGGCCGUCAGGCAACCAUGCUCAACCAGACGCUCAAAUACGUCUCCGAACAGCCAACCCUCUUCGGACAGGCCGGCUCCGGUCCCCUCAGCUUAGCGUAUCACCCCUUGAAGAUCGUUAUCUCGAAUUGGAUGGUGUAUAGUCGCAUCCUAGCGCGGGUUUUGAAGCACUACGAAUACUCCCUCAACGACACGCAGUCAAGAAUCUUCCGGGAGGACAUAAUAGAUCUCCAGAAAUGGCGACAGCGCGUCAUCCAAACGCAAUUCAAAGUCCGCUCUACCAGCGAGUAUAUAUCCCACCACUGCGCGAUGGAGCCCGAAAAGGCUGCUGCUGACUGGGGCCUGGUGCUGAAGGACUUGGACGGACUCUCGCUGAGUAUUACGCAGUACGGCCAGUCUCUCGAGCGCACUAUCUAGGUGGCUACAACUAUAGCCAUGCACCAUCAUCAUCGACGGUCAGCUAGGGAGGCUAUGCUUCUCAAGCGUCUCACUUAUAUGGCGCUCGUUUUCGUCCCGUUAUCCUGGGUUGCAGCUCUGUUUAGCAUGUCCGACGAUUUCGCCCCCGGCCAGCCACGGUUCUGGGUUUACUUUGCCGUGUCUGUGCCUUUCUGUCUUAUUAUUGUAGUCAGGACGUUAGCGAUUUCGAAACUUUAAGUCCCGACCGUCUCAGAAUCUCAGCCACAGCAGCAGUUUGCCGCGCGU